AGCAACGGGUUUCGCGAGUUUAGCCUGUAGCCUGCUGGAGCCUUAGCAGCAUCGCAGCAUUUUACAGAGUGCUGUUACUGAUUUUAUAACCGCGUGGAGCAGAAAUUAAACUCCGAAAUCCUGCCCUGGACUUCAAUGGCAGCGAGGAGCCGCAUCACGGUGAUGAGAGAAGAGCAGCUGCUGCCCUCGUGGCUGGCGGCUCAGUAAGGCCGUGGGCUCAGCAUGGCACAGGGAGCGCCUCAGUUAGACUACCACGUCCUGCAAGACCUGAAGCAGCGUUUCCCCGAGAUCCCAGAGAACGUCGUGUCCCAGUGCCUUCUGCAGAAUAACAACAACCUGGAGGUGUGCUGCCACCUGCUGGCUCAGGAGAGCAGUCGCUACCUGUACGAGGAGUUCCACAGCCCGGAGGAGGUGCACCUGAGCCGCAACCGCAUGCUGCACAUCAGCGUCGGCGGCUUCCCUCCGCCCGAGAGCGGCAAUGCCAACGCCAACUCCAACGCCAGCUACACCAACUACUUCAGGAGCGACCAUGGGCGCUCGGCCAGCACGCCCACCCCUCCGCCUGCCGUGCCGGGCAUUUCGCCCACCUACACCCCCGUGCCCGCUCGCUACAUGACCCCUAUCACGCUGGCGCUGUCCUCGAGCAUCCCGUCUGCCCCUCAGGCACUUCAGAUUCCCCCCGGCGCGUAUGUGAACAGUGGGAACAACCUGUUUAUGCGCCCUUCCCCUUCUCAGAGCCCUCAGCCCUCGCCCUGGGCGUCGUCCGGAGCGCCCGUGUACUCUCCCUCGCCCUACAGCACUCCAACAUACCAGUCGCCCUACAGCUCGCCCCAGCACCAAGUCUUUUUACCCAUCAGCCCUCCUACCCUGCCCAACAUGACGUACCAGCACGUCCCCUACAGGGCCUACAUGCCCACCAAAGGCUCCAUGAAGAACCAGAUCGAGAUCACGCUGGAGGGGCGGCAGCGCAGUAACUCCCCCAUCCACACUCCGCAGGGGGCGCUCUACAUGCCCAACAGCCCCUCCCCGAGCUCUCCAUCUAGGGCCAUUAGCAUGGCACCACCCCCCGGCACCUCCUUUCACCCGGGCGUGUACCUGGGUGGCGCGCGCCCCCGCCCUGCCUCCUCUCCCCAAGCCGGAAGCUCCGCCUACAUCAAGAUUAAAAUGGGGCCAGGCCAGCAGCAGCAGCUGGGAUCGGGAUCGCCGUCGCCGCCCGUGGAAACAGAGUCGCUCUUGAACAUCGUGGAUCAGGGCGAGAAACACGGCACUCCCGCUCCCAUCCUGCCCAUCUCGGCCACCUCGGGGGGCAGAGUCAGCCACGUCAGCCACAUGCCCCGGCGCUCCAGCUCCGGCUCAGACGACUACGCCUACACACAGGCUCUGUUGCUGCACCAGCGCGCGAGGAUGGAGCGCCUGCUGAAGGAGCUGCGGGCCGAGAAGCAGAAGCUGGAGCAGCUGAAGGCCGAAGUCAACGAGAUGGAGUAUGACGCGCUACAGAGGCGCUUCAGACGCGUCAACAGCUCCAGCUUCAUCCCACGGCCUGAAGAGAUAACCAGAGUCCGGACGCAGAACAGACAGCUUCAGAUCGACAUUGAUUGCACCUUGAAGGAGACGGACCUGCUGCAGUCUCGAGGAAAGUUCGACCCUAAAGCCAUGAACAACUUUUACGAUAACAUCCAGCCCGGUCCGGUCGUCCCGCCCAAAAAAGAUACAGCAGGAGUAGGAGGAGCAGCAGCAGCAGUAGGAGGAGCGGCGCCGAGACCGAAGCCGGCGCCGCAGCGUGACGAGGACUUCGAGGGCGCUCAGUGGAACUGCGAGAGUUGCACUUUCCUCAACCACCCGGCUCUGAACCGCUGCGAGCAGUGCGAGAUGCCGCGCUACACCUGAAGCUCCACCCCUUUUAGCACGGCCCCGCCCACGGCUCAUCCCCCGACCUUCGCCUCACGCCUCCUUUCCCAUCAUGCACCUUCGCAGGUCCUGCUGAGGGAGACGCGACCAAAUCUGUGUACCCCGUCAGGCCAUCCUCCCUCUUCAUCUUAUUCAGGCCCUGCCCCCUGCCGGCCUUAAUCGGGCCCCGCCCCCUCAUCUGUGCACUUGUUCGAACGACUUUUCUUUCCUACUGAAAAAUGAUCAGGCGAGCCUAAGCGAACAAAACUGGACCGGUCGGCUUUUGAGCUGAGGAGGGUGUGGUUUAAUUAAAUGUCCGGGGGGGGGGGGGUUGGCGGGGGCACCUUUCCAGGCAGAAAUAGACAGCCAUGUUUACACGUAGAAGGGAACCCGAGCCGACUGGACGGUAAAGCGACACAAGCCCGGCUCUGGUUGGUCUCACUGUAGAACGUCACACUGUAUGUGCUCGUGUAGAGCCUCUCGCUGACUGAAGAACACUAAGAGACAAAAGUGCACAUGAUUUCUGUCCUUCCUGGUACUUUUAUGCAUAUUAUGCCAUACUGUAUUCUGUGUUCAAAGGUGUUGAUUUAUUUCCUGUGCAAAUGCAUCAUGUUGCUGUACUUAAUAAAGGAGUUGAUUCUAUGUGA